AUGGCAAUGCUCUUCUUCUCCAUCCUCCUCCUCGAGCUCGCCAUCCUCGUCCGCGGCGCCGCCCGGGCCACCGCCCGCCGCUCCCUCACCACCGAUCAAUUCCUCAAAAUCAUCGAUCAAAAGGCUCCGGCACGGCGGUACGCGGCGGGGCUGGGGUUCGAAACCUCGGAGUGCAGUGUUUGCCUAUCCCUAUACGAGGAUGGAGACGAGGUGAGGAAGCUCAAGUGCAAUCACACAUUCCACAAAGGCUGCGUUGACACGUGGCUGCAGCAGGACUCCGCCACGUGCCCCCUCUGCCGGCGGCCGGUGCUGCCGGUGGACGUGGUGCUGAAGCACCGCAACCACCGGCUGCAGGAGUACUACGACGGCGGCGAUGAGGAGCUGAUGAUGAUGCUCUACGCCUUACAUGGUAAUUUCUUGAGGAGGUUUUUUUGA